AUGGCCAGCAAUCCGUACGAAGUCGAGCACAACAUCCAAGCGCCGACGAGCCAGCCGCACCGCCGGCGUCCCGACAUGUCAAGCUUCACAUCGCACCUGCACCAGAUCUCGCAAGACGCCUCGCAACCGCACCGCGCAGGUCCAACGCCCGUCGACACAGCGGCGCUCUACCGGCUGGUGCAGGACCAGCUCGCGACGCUCCGCAAUGACGCGCCCGACGCCGAGAACCAGCGCUUCCUCGAGCAGCUGAUGGGGGUGCUGGAGGGCGACAUCGCCGCGCCGCCCGACCACGUGCCAGGCGUGACGCAGGAGUACCUAGAUACACUAGAGCGCGUGCCGCGCAAGGCGUUGGAGGUUGACGACAGCUGCCCGAUCUGCCGCGGGAAGUACCUCGACGACAAGUACUGCCUGGUGGUGGAGCUGCCAUGCCACGGGCGGCACAGGUACGAUUUGGAGUGUGCGGGGCCCUGGCUGCUGAGCAAGGGCAACUGCCCCAUGUGUCGCAUGGACCUGACGAAGAAGAGGGUCGUCGAGGUGCCGAAGGAUGAUGAGGAGGACGAGCAGGAUGAUGUCGAUGGGCUCUAUGGUUGA